AUGCUUACGGCUAGAGCGAUGAAGAUGCGGCCGGCUCCGUUGCGAAUGGCACCCCUUGCCUCCCGCCAAUUGAGUCGAGCCGUCCCCCGUGACGUGAACCACCACUAUUCCCCUGCUGCCGCUCCUCAGCCACUCCCGGCAGCCGCCAAACCCCGGAUGGUCUCGCCCUGGAGACCUCAAUUGCGCCAGUUCUCGCUGCUGGCGUUCUCCCGAAUGCAAAUGCAGAUGAACAAAGAAGAGCAGGACGACCGCCCGGCGCUUGAAAAGUACGGGGAGGACCUCACUGCCCUCGCUCGCGAAGGUAAGCUUGAUCCCGUCAUUGGCCGCGACGAAGAAAUCAGACGGACUAUCCAGAUCUUGAGUCGGAGAACUAAGAACAACCCCGUGCUCAUUGGUAAUGCUGGUACCGGUAAGACCGCGGUGAUGGAAGGGUUGGCUCAAAGAAUCGUCAAGGGCGAAGUCCCCGAAUCAAUGAAGGAUAAGCAAGUGAUCGUGCUUGAUCUUGCUGGGAUCAUCUCGGGCUCUAAGUUCCGCGGUGAUUUUGAACAAAAGCUUAAGGAAAUCUUGAAGGAAGUGGAAGACAAGCAGGGCCUGGUGGUGUUGUUUGUCGACGAACUCCACCUUUUGAUGGGAUUGGGUAAAGCUGAAGGUUCCAUUGACGCUCUGAACAUGUUGAAGCCGGCGUUGGCUCGUGGCAAAUUGUCGCUCUGUGGUGCCACUACUAUCGACGAAUACCGCAAAUACGUGGAAAAGGAUGCCGCGUUGGCCCGGCGGUUCUCGCCGGUGAUGGUCAACGAACCCAGUGUCGAAGACACCAUCUCCAUUCUCCGUGGGUUGAAGGAACGUUACGAAGUCCACCACGGGGUGCGGAUCACUGACGGUGCCCUCGUCACUGCUGCCAUCUACUCCAACCGUUACAUCACCGACAGAUUCUUGCCUGACAAAGCUAUUGACCUUGUUGAUGAGGCGUGCUCGACGUUGAGAUUGCAACACGAGCUGAAGCCCGAUUCUAUCGCCAAAUUAGACCGGGACAUCAUGACCAUUGAGAUUGAACUCGAAUCGUUGCGCAAGGAAGAGGACCCGUUGUCCGUCAGUCGCCGCAAGAAACUUGAGGACGACUUGGAAAACAAACGCAAGACGCAGAAGGAAUUGAAGGACCAAUGGGACACCGAAAAGGACAGUCUUAAUGAAAUCCGCGACACGAAGCACAACUUGGAGCGGGCCAAGCACGACCUCGAAGUCAGUCAACGUAACGGUGACUACGGUAAGGCUUCGGAAUUGCAAUACCUGACCAUCCCCGAGCUCGAGAACAAGGUGAGAGAAUUGACGCAGCUGGAAGAAGGCCAGAAGGCCCAGAGCUUGUUGCACGACUCGGUGACCACUGAAGACAUUGCCGCCGUCAUUUCCAAGAUGACGGGCAUCCCCGUUUCUAACCUCAUGAAGGGUGAAAAGGACAAGUUGUUGGACAUGGAAACUCUUAUCAAGCAAAAGGUUGUGGGUCAAGAUGAAGCUGUGCACGCUGUCGCUGAUGCCGUGAGAAUGCACCGGGCCGGUUUGACUUCCGACAAGCGUCCCAUUGCCUCAUUCAUCUUCUUGGGUCCCACCGGUACCGGUAAGACUGAGCUCACUAAGGCGUUGGCUGACUUCUUGUUUAACGACACCAACCUGGUGAUUAGGUUUGAUAUGUCGGAAUUCCAAGAAAAGCACUCCGUCCUGCGGCUCAUUGGUUCUCCUCCUGGUUACGUCGGGUACGAUGAACUGGGUGAGUUAACCGAAGCCGUCCGCCGAAAGCCUUACUCGGUGGUGUUGUUUGAUGAGUUUGAAAAGGCCCACAAGGACAUCCUGAAGUUGUUGCUUCAAGUGCUUGAUGAAGGGUCGUUGACUGACUCCCACGGACGUAAAGUUGACUUCCGCAACACCAUCAUUGUGUUGACGUCCAACCUUGGUCAAGAGAUCUUGUUGAAUGACAAGAAGGCCACUGAUGACGGCAAGAUCAAGCCCGAGAUCAGAGAUCUGAUCUUGGACGUGUUGCGUCACACUUACCCCCCUGAAUUCCUCAACCGUUUGGACGACGUUCUCAUUUUCAACCGGUUGUCGAAGAAGCUGCUCCGGUCGAUCUUGGACAUUCGUUUGCGUGAGAUCCAAGACCGACUUACCGACAAGCGCAUUGUUCUCGAUGUCACUAAGGAUGCCAAGUCGUUGCUCUGUGACUUAGGCUACGACCCCAUCUACGGGGCUCGCCCGCUUAACCGGACGUUGCAGAAGGAAAUCCUCAACCCGUUGGCGACGUUGUUGAUCAAGGGCCAAGUGCGUGAUGCUGAAACCGUCCACAUCCAAGAAAAGGACCACAAGAUCUACGUCAAGCCCAACCACGAAGGUGACGCGUGA